CUCACUUUCAUCCUUAUCCCAUUCUCACGAUUCAUGAAUCCUAGUUUGUUGUAGAUUUACGGGGUCAUGUUUGUUAACAUUGUGAACUCAGACGUGGAAUUGUUUACAUAAUACCAAGGCUGAAUGUCAGAGGCUCUGAAACACAGGGCUGGUGGAUCUUGACUUUCGACACCAGGUUUCACCAGGUCGUAGUCGACAGGCAUCCCCAACCGAGCGCCUGUCCCAAGCUUCGUGUCAAACCCCGUCUGAUGUUUCGAGAACCGCCGGGAUGGGAACAAUAGCCGGAGAUUUCAACGGUAAUGGUACUCUCUUGCGAGAUGAUCGCUCGGUUGAGCAACAGAUCGCUGUCUCUCCCGUUGAUAUUUUGGCUUGCAGUUAGAGGUUUGGCAACAGGCGGAGUUGGUUCAUGCUGAAGAACCUCACAUGCUUCACCAUGGCGAACAUGGAGAUCUUUACAACUGGUGACAGGUUCAACAUUGAACAAACUGGGCUUGGACUCAGUGCAAUCAACACCAUCCAGUGAUGCCUUCAACUGAGCUUAGCGUCGUCCCGACACAUGGGAUGGCGUUGGGGAAAGGGGUAGGGGCUGAGGCAGAUCAGAUGCGACACUGUUCAAAACAACGCUUGGCUAUGACUUCCCGACUGGGCAAUGGAGAUCUUCUGGUGGUUCGUUGUGGGAUUCUCAUAGACUCCGAAAACCCGAUCACGUUAACAUGGGAAUAACCCAUGGUUUGAGCUGGCGCCAACUUCGACCCCUGCCUUGAUGAUACGAGGCUGUUUUCCAUUUGAGUGGAAUCGUUCGUUACUGGGCUGACGAGGUAUGGUACUCUACACCACUUUCAAUGACACACUGGCUUGGAAAGGGGUUUUGAGUCUUCAAGUAGUUCGCUAUAUAAGACCAAGUGGUCAGCCAGCAAAGAUCAAUAUUCUUUUUCUCUCUUCAGCAGCGACAACAACUUUCUUCUCGUCUCUGUUCAUUACUUUUUUCACUUCUUACACAGCUGUGCUGUCUUAACAUCAACUUUACGCAUUCAUUCCAUUUUAUUUACAGCCAGCUACUCUCCCAACACUCCCUCUUCAAAAUUACCAAAUUCGUCAACAUGUUCUUCAAGGCCACCUUCCUUUUCUCCCUCCUCGCCACCUCUUUGGCUCUCCCCACUGGUACCGGUAGCCGCAACGUCGAGAAGAGAGGUAUUCUUCAGGUCCAGAACUACUCUCAGUUCCAAGUCUCCGGCGGUGUCGCUGGCAAUGCCCUCGCCGAGGUCAAUGCCAAGUUUCCCAUCAAUCUGAAUAAUCCCGGCUCCGUCGACGCCGAGGAUCUCGCCAUCCUCAAGGCUGCUCGCAAGACGGCCGAAAACGCCGAGACCAAGGCCGGUGGCUUCAACGAGGCCAUCGAGGCGGCGGGCGGUGAGAAGACCACUACCGGCAGGGCUCUCCAGAACGGCAAGAUCAAGAACAAGGUUCUGAAGCUGCAGCUCCAGGUUAUGAUUGCUCAGAUUGAGGCUGCUCAGGGCAAGGACACUGCUGCGAAGCUUGCUGAUGUCACCAAGAAGUUGAACAAGAAUGUUGAGACUGAUCAGAAGAACGCUGGCCAGCUGAGCACUACUGUUAACUUUCAGGGUACUAGCCAGCCUUAAGGGGUUGUUCCAGUGGUUGUAUAUAAUUUGAAAUGAUGCACAUAUUCUUUCCAUCUCCCUGUCAAAUCUGGGCACAGACAACUGCACCUUCU